AUAACCAACCUCUAUCAGUCCCAUGUUCGCAUCGAGAUACCUACUGCCACCUUCCGUUCGCACCGCUAACUUCUCCCUAUUUAUAAAUAUUCUAAUUUGAUCGUAAUUCAUAACAGUCCCAUUCUGCCACAUGUGAAACGUGAGAACCUUAUUCCUAAAACAGCUGUGAGUGUUAAGCGUGUAAAAAAACAUAAUGGGCCGCAAAAACAAGACCAACCACACGCUGCAACCUGUGAAAACAAGGAACCAACGUAACCUAACACCGGAUCAGCGCGAGCUCGAAGAAUUGGUGGACAAAUUGUUGCGAAUAAGUACACUUCCUCAACAACCCAUCAUCCAAAAAUCACUCGAAAACCAAAAGGAGAUAAAUAACAUAACUGAAAGAGUGAAAAAGUUAGAAGUAAAUAAAGAUUCGAAAAGCUCGGUCGAUAAUCGUGUAACUAGCGCCAUCAUCAACAACUUCAUGAAAUGGUGCACCGAGAAUGGCGCGCAUUUGAAUGGUUGCAGCAUUCAAGAGUUUGAAGGGUACGAACUAGGGAUUAAAGCUGAAGUUGAUAUUCAGCAAUCAAGUUUGGUCAUUGCUGUGCCGAGGAAGUUGAUGAUGAGUAUCGAAAAUGCUAGAGAGAGUAUAUUGAAGGAUUUGGUACAAAAGGAUAAAAUUUUAAGUACUAUGCCCAAUGUAACGUUGGCGAUUUUUCUUCUUCUUGAAAAGUUUAAAGGAGAUUCAUUUUGGAAACCUUACAUUGAAAUUUUGCCAAAAACUUAUACCACAGUAUUAUAUUUCAGUAUCGAAGAAUUGGAAGAACUGAAGGGAAGUCCCACACUGGAUUUGGCUUUGAGGCAAAUUAAGAGUAUUUCGAGGCAAUAUGCGUAUUUUCAUAAAUUGUUUGCUACUUCUGACGAUCCUGUAAGCAAGGUGAUGAGGAACCGGUUCACUUUUAAAGAGUAUUGUUGGGCCGUUUCGACCAUAAUGACCCGACAAAACACAAUCCCCUUUCAAGAAAACUACCACGCUUUAAUACCCUUGUGGGAUAUGUGUAACCACACAAACGGUACCAUAUCGACAGCUUAUAACCCGGUCCUGGAUCGCAGCGAGUGCUUAGCUUUAAGAAACUUCAAAGCCGGAGAGCAAUUAUUUAUUUUCUAUGGAGGCAGAAGCAAUGCGGAUCUUUUUGUUCACAACGGAUUCGUGUUCGAGGACAACGACUACGAUGUUUAUUGGAUCCGUUUGGGUAUCAGUAAAUCGGACCCUCUCCAAGAAAAACGAAAUAUCUUGUUGAAUAAAUUGUCGAUAUCGAGCACCACUGACUUUUCCAUUAGAAAAGAUGCUAAACCGAUCGAUGGCCAGCUGCUGGCGUUUUUACGGAUUUUCAACAUGAAUGAGGAACAACUCGAUCAUUGGAUAAGCAGUGUCAAAAGUGGCGACCUGGAGUGUAUCGAAUGUGCCGUGGAGACCACCGUGGAAAACAAGGCUUGGACUUUUCUACAGGCCCGGCUUAAGCUGCUUUUGGCGACAUACAAAACAACGUUAGAAGAAGAUGAGAAGUUAAUAACGGAGGCUCAGACACCUAAUCGGCUUCUCGCUAUAAAAAUGAGGGCAACGGAGAAACGCAUCAUCAGAGAAACGCUCAAAUAUGUGGAGCAGUUUAUAAAACACUGAAAAUAAAUUCGGUUUUUCAUAUAAUAUGUCAAAGUUGAAUAAAUCUUUCUUUUGAUAAAUAAAGCUAUUUAUUGUAACUGCAAGGCAAAUAAAAAGUUAGUUCGUA